ACCCCUGCGACACUCACACACGCCUUGUCACUCUUUCACUCUUUUUUCUAUUUCUUGUUCUCUCUCACUCUCCCCUCCCCCAUCCUUUUAUCCAUUUCAUAAGCACUCCCCCCACCAUCCCCUUCCAUUUUCAAAUAGUAAACGCCUUUUCUAGUCUCGCACCCCGAGCCCCGAUCGCCGAUUCCCGAAGGAUCCCGUUGUUUUUACCCCGAUUUUUGUGCGACAGGCUGAUCAAAGUUGAAAAAUUGAGUACCCAACGACCAAUAAAAGUCAAAACAGUGCUGCGAUUCGGACUGUCAGAGGCCUAAAGUCCCAUUUUCUGGGAUGUCAUUUUGCUAAGUGCACACGUCCAUGGUGUCUUUUCUAAAAAAGGAUAUUUUUGUAACUCGGAUACUUGCUUAUUUUUUUGUUCUGUGUUUGUAAACAAGCCGAACCCGGGAAUAUUCUAUAGUGGAUACAAUAGUGAUUUUAUUGUCAAAUGUAUUGACUUGAUGGGUGAACGUGAAGGAUUUACAAAUAUCGACAGAUGGCUACGACUGAUCUAUCUUCGGGAAGCGGCAGGAGGAAGCAGGCGAAACCCCAGAGAAAGAACGUUGAGGUGGAAGUAGGCGAAGAGGCGGUCGUGACUGACGUCGGCGUAGGUGCUGCGUGGCCGCCUCCAGGAGCAGAACAUCUCCAGCUGAACAUGACUUUGCUAACUCAAGCGACGAGCGACAACGACAAUGUGCCUUUGAGUGGAGGAGUUAAAGAGGAAGAAGGGCAGACGAGAGUUGAAGGAUCACCGCAGUUUUCCUGCAUACAUUGCGCUGCACCUUUCCCCACCAGGGACCAACUUGACAAACACGAACUUCUGCAUUCGCCAAACGCUCAAGUCUCUUGUAAGGUCUGCAAUAAAACAUUCGCCAACGUCUACAGACUGCAGAGGCAUAUGAUCAGCCACGACGAAAGCGCAGUCCUUCGAAAGUUCAAGUGCCCCGAAUGUGAUAAAGCAUUUAAGUUCAAACACCAUUUGAAGGAACACAUAAGAAUACACAGCGGGGAGAAACCGUUCGAAUGCGGAAAUUGCGGUAAAAGAUUUUCACAUUCCGGCUCGUAUUCCAGCCACAUGACUUCGAAGAAAUGUCUGGUUAUGAACCUGAAGGUUUCUCAACGUCAAGCCAGCCCAAGAGCUGUGGACAUGAAACAGAACCAGCAGUUUAGAGGUCAAACCAUUAAGCCACAGCGUACGAAUAACAAUAACAAUUUCCCUCCGAUUCUGCCCAAGUACGAUACGUCAGCGUUUCUAUCCAACUUCACCCCUCCCGGCCCUGGGAGUGUGCCGUUUUAUUUAAAUCCCAAUUUUAUGGCCCAAUCCUCGCCUUACAUUCCCAAUUCGCUAAGUCACCUAUUAGAACAGUUCCACCCGUUGAACAGAGAAGUGAAGAAAGAAGUGGAGGAAGAUGCGAAAAACAAUAAAGUCGUCGUCAAACAGGAAGUUGAAGAGGAAGUGAAAAGAAACGAGAGCUCUCCCGGCCCCGGCAAUAACAGCGGCGAUUUGGAAGCUGUCAAAAGAAUUCUGGAAACUGUGAACGCCACCGUCACCAAGCAGCUUUUUGCAGCUAAUAUGCAAAAACUGUCCUCGAACUCUUGCAGCUCCGGCUGCCCGAGCGUCGCGAGCGGUGCUCCGUCUCCUCCCGUAGACGACACGGACAAUUUGAACUGUCGUUUCUGCAACAAGUCCUUCGUUUCCAGAAUCGACCUUCAUCAGCACGAGCGGUACCUGUGCUCCGAUGAAAAGAGCGAAGGGCUCGCUGCGAAGCUUGAAGACGUCAUCAGCGUCAAGCAGGAAGACACCAACGGAAACAUAUGCAGCACUAGUGAGGACGAGACGAGAGGGUCUAACAUGUUCACGGACGAAGAAAUCGAAGUAGACCAGGAUGGUAGAAAGGCGCGUGUACGGUCUCAAAUCGCCGAGGAACAGCUCAUGAUCUUAAAAAGUCACUACUCCAUCAACCCCCGGCCGAAACGGGAAGAACUAGCCAGAAUCGCCGAGCGCGUCGGCUUUCCAGUGAGGGUGGUCCAAGUUUGGUUCCAGAACAACCGCGCGAGGGACAGGAGAGAAGGAAGAUUGGUGCACGUCCCAUACGCCCCAGUCUUCUCCAGCACCUUCCCUGGUUCCUCACCCCUUGGCGCCUCUGAGCAACCCCUUGAUCUCUCUACAAAAAAGCCCGCUCCUGCGUAUUCACCGUCAAGUUCACCACCACGUUCAGAUUCUGAAGAUGGAGCUGUCAACCUCUCAAGGAGACCUUUGAUGGACUCAAGAUUGGCGAGAAUUCUGACUCAGUCCAAUGGGGUGCCAUACUAUUCACAAGAGGAAAAUGUAGCACCUGCAUCACCUGUCCGCUACAUCAGCAUGUUGAAUGGAGCACCAUUAAGCCCUGCCCUUAAAAGAAAUUGGAAGCAGGAGGAGUAUGAAGGCAGUGAAAGCUCGUGGGUAGGAGAUGGCUGCCGCAGAACCUUGGGGAAGAGAUUGAAAAGCGAAUCUGAGGCAAAUGGUCAGUUCUGCUGCGACCAGUGUGACAAGACAUUCGCAAAACACUCAUCUCUCGCACGCCACAAGUACGAACACUCAGGACAGAGGCCCCACAAGUGUGAUGAAUGUGCCAAGGCGUUUAAGCACAAGCACCAUCUCACCGAGCACAAGCGGCUCCAUAGCGGUGAAAAACCAUUUCAAUGCAUAAAAUGCCUGAAGAGAUUCUCACACUCUGGUUCCUUCAGCCAGCAUAUGAAUCACCGAUAUUCUUACUGCAAGCCGUACAGAGAGUUUUAAAUCGACAGUAAUAAUAUUGUGCAAUCCCACUAGAAAAUAACACAAAGACUCUGGUUUUAGUUAUUUACUUGGAGGCGAGAAGAGAAAAAAUUCAACCUGUGUUAAUUUCGUUGUUAUUCACAUAGAAUUUGAAUCCAUUUUCCAGAUCUUCCAUUAUAAAUAUCUACUGUUCACACACGUAACGAUUAUUAAUAUGAAAAAUCCUACAAUAUUUCUGGGUAACCUAUUAUGUGCAAUGACAUUAAUUUUUUUUUUUAAUUUUUGUGUGCAAUGACUGCAGUACCUGUAAAUUAGUUGUCAGCUCGAUUGGCUACGAUACAGAUACCUGUAUGAACCGUAUAUAUUAUUUUUUAUUUUGGAAUAAAAAGAAAAAGGUUGUCACUGUAUGCUUAAAAAUUGGGAUAUGACGAAAUUUGACCUCAGGGUAUAAACACUUUAAUAAAUGACCUUCCCAUUUUCGUAUUGAUUUGAAGUGUAAAAGUAAAACUUUGAAUAAAUGUACAACUUAUUUUCCUAAGUAAUCAAAGUCUUCCAUAGAGCUGUCUUAUCCAGAUUACUUUAGGAGUUGUGAAUUUUAAUAUAAUCUUCAACUAGAGCUAACUGUACAUAACGAAUUGGUAUGUUUGUAGCUUUAUAAAUCUAGAAACUGAUUAUAUUUAUUUUUACUAUGUUCUGUCCCAAUUUAAGCAUUUUUGUAAAUUGAGUACCGUUUGACUUCAAAAUUCAAACUUUUAUUUGUUUUUUAACGUGAAAAAAAAUCCUUUCUCCAAGUGUCAAAUGAUUAUUUACGAUUGUAAAUCCGCUAAGACAAUAUAUCUGUAAUCUAUAAAUUUAUUGAUGAAAGACUAUAUAUAUUUUGUUCCCCAAGUUUAAUAUUUCUAGUCAUUGAUGAAAAUUAACUUUGAUGGGUUCUAUUGAUUCAGAUUUUAUUUAUUAUCGAAUGUUAAAAUGUCUUAAUAUUUUAUCCAGCGUUGCCCUGUAUAAAAUACUGUUUAUAAAAAAUGUAUAAUUUGAAUGAUAAUUAAAAAUUAAGUACUUGAAGCCAUUCCAUAUGGUUAUAGUUAAUGUAGAGAUUAAAAAAAAAGCAUUUUGAAAAAAAAAUAUAUAUAAGUAGUUAAUGGUGCAUGUAAAAAAAUAUAUUAUUGUGAACAACUGUGUUUUAUAAUGAUGACAAUAAUUACAAAUUAUAUUUUACAACAAUAUUACAAACGAUACCAAAAAGAAAAAAAAACUAUUGUCAAUAAGUUUUAUGUCUAACUUAAAAAAACUUUUAAGGAUAUUUAAAAGAUAGCGUCAUUUAUUAGAAAACCCAUUUGCGUUCAUUUCAUUUAGCUAAAAUAGUUUUUCACUGUGAGAUCGUGACUUGUAAAUAGUAAUAUAUUCCUAAUGUGACUUGUAAAUAAGAUAAUUAUUCCAUUCCUUAUAUUAAUAAAAAUUAUAACUUGUAAUUUAAUGU